UGUACUAAUAGAGAGGCCCUGGUGGUCACAUACUAUCAUUCCUGUGGAGACGUGCUCUGGGCUUUGUUCAUGCAGCUCAACCUUUGGAUUACGAGCUUUCACGGUGGUUUGCAUCUAAUGCAUUAAAGGGAAACUGUCAAAUAUUCUAUCACAUAAUGUAUCUGUUAUUAAUGGAGUGUAUUUUAUAGGGUCUUUGGGGGCACCUCUUGUUUACUUUUCCGGUUCCCAGUGGACAUACUGAUUGCUUCAUCGUCCAGAGGAAAAUGGACCAAAGUGCAAAAGAUGGAUCGAAUAAAUAAAUGUGUCCACGUUUGUAUUUGUCCUUUUUCUUCUUUGUGCUUGUUUCUGAGAACUAUCUCCUGGUUGUGUCCGUUCAAGCGAUGACAAAGUUGAGGUUUGCUGGACUAUACAUGUGUGUGCGUCUCCCUAACUGCGUGCUUUCCUGUCUCUGCUGUUUACCUAUGAGUCUGUAUGCACAUUAACAACCCGCCCUGCUCCAUAGCUGUAAUCUAGCCUCCUCACAACACAGUAUGUAUAUCUCCACCACUCCCCUCCUCCCUCCCUCCUUUACAUCCAGGGUACCGGCGCGUUGCUAAAUGGAGUCGGAGCAGCUGUACCACAGAGGCUACUGCAGGAACAGCUACAACAGCAUCGCCAGCGCAAGCAGCGACGAGGAGCUGCUGGAUGGAGCCGGCGUCAUCAUGGACUUCCACACCACUGAGGACGACAACCUGCUGGAUGGGGACGCUGCCUCCCCAGGGUCUAACUACGCCAUGUCUAACGGAGGCGGGGCCGCCAGUAGCACCACCCACCUGUUGGACUUCCUAGAGGAGCCCAUCCCUGGUGUGGGCACCUACGACGACUUCCACACCAUCGACUGGGUCCGUGAGAAGUGCAAGGAUCGCGAGAGACACCGGAAGAUCAACAGUAAGAAGAAGGAGUCGGCAUGGGAGUUCACCAAGAGCCUGUACGAUGCCUGGUCUGGCUGGCUGGUGGUGACGCUCACCGGUUUGGCGUCAGGUGCUUUGGCUGGCCUGAUUGACAUUGCUGCUGAUUGGAUGAACGACCUGAAGGAGGGCGUGUGUCUGAGCGCCAUGUGGUUCAACCACGAGCAGUGCUGCUGGACCUCCAAUGAGACCACCUUCGCUGAGAGGGACAAGUGUCCUCAGUGGAAGAGCUGGGCUGAGCUAAUACUGGGGCAGGCCGAGGGCCCCGGCUCAUACAUCAUGAACUACUUCAUGUACAUCUACUGGGCUCUGUCCUUUGCCUUCCUGGCUGUGUGUCUGGUCAAGGUGUUCGCUCCGUACGCCUGCGGCUCAGGGAUCCCCGAGAUCAAGACCAUCCUGAGUGGGUUUAUCAUCCGGGGCUACCUGGGCAAGUGGACCCUGAUGAUCAAGACCAUCACUCUGGUUCUGGCUGUGGCGUCUGGCCUCAGCUUGGGGAAAGAGGGCCCCCUGGUCCACGUGGCCUGCUGCUGUGGGAACAUCUUCUCCUACCUCUUCCCCAAGUACAGCAAGAACGAGGCCAAGAAACGAGAGGUUCUUUCUGCUGCGUCGGCCGCCGGGGUGUCCGUGGCUUUUGGAGCGCCAAUCGGAGGAGUUCUCUUCAGCUUGGAGGAGGUGAGCUACUACUUCCCCCUGAAGACACUGUGGCGCUCCUUCUUCGCUGCCCUGGUGGCCGCCUUCGUCCUGCGCUCCAUCAACCCUUUCGGUAACAGCCGCCUGGUGCUGUUCUACGUGGAGUACCACACGCCGUGGUACCUGUUCGAGCUCAUCCCUUUCAUCCUCCUGGGGGUGUUCGGGGGCCUGUGGGGCGCCUUCUUCAUCCGAGCCAACAUCGCCUGGUGCCGGCGGCGCAAGUCGACGCGCUUCGGUAAGUACCCGGUGCUGGAGGUGAUCUUGGUGGCGGCCAUCACUGCAGUGGUUGCUUUCCCAAACCCCUACACCCGCCAGAACACCAGCGAGCUGAUAAAGGAGCUCUUCACCGACUGCGGCCCGCUGGAGUCCUCCCAGCUCUGCCAGUACCGCAGCCAGAUGAACGGCAGCAAGGCCUUCACAGACAACCCCAACCGGCCAGCGGGGCCCGGCGUCUACUCCGCCAUGUGGCAGCUCUGCCUGGCGCUCAUCUUUAAAAUCAUCAUGACUAUAUUCACAUUUGGACUCAAGGUGCCGUCGGGCUUGUUCAUCCCCAGCAUGGCCAUCGGGGCGAUCGCGGGGCGAAUUGUUGGCAUCGCCGUGGAGCAGCUCGCCUAUUACCACCACGACUGGUUCCUGUUCAAAGAGUGGUGCGAGGUGGGAGCCGACUGCAUCACUCCGGGGCUCUACGCCAUGGUGGGGGCCGCGGCCUGUCUGGGUGGAGUGACUCGUAUGACCGUCUCCCUGGUCGUCAUAGUGUUCGAGCUGACCGGCGGGUUGGAGUACAUCGUCCCCCUCAUGGCCGCCGUCAUGACCAGCAAAUGGGUGGGUGACGCGUUCGGCCGAGAGGGGAUCUACGAGGCCCACAUCCGCCUGAACGGAUACCCCUUCCUGGACGCCAAGGAGGAAUUCACGCACACCACGCUGGCCAGAGAGGUGAUGAGGCCUCGACGCAGCGACCCCCCGUUGGCGGUGCUGACGCAGGACGACCUGACGGUGGAGGAGCUGCAGGCCAUCAUCAAUGAAACCAGUUAUAAUGGUUUCCCUGUCAUAGUUUCCAAGGAGUCCCAGAGGCUGGUGGGCUUCGCUCUGCGUAGGGACAUCACUAUUGCUAUUGAAAAUGCUCGCCGCAAGCAGGAGGGCAUAAUGUUGAACUCCAGGGUGUACUUCACCCAGCAUGCACCCACCCUGCCCGCCGACAGCCCCCGACCCCUCAAGCUGCGCUCCAUCCUGGACAUGAGCCCGUUCACCGUCACCGACCACACCCCCAUGGAGAUCGUGGUGGACAUUUUCAGAAAGCUGGGCCUGCGCCAGUGCCUGGUCACUCACAACGGGAUUGUGUUGGGCAUCAUCACAAAGAAGAAUAUAUUAGAGCAUCUGGAGGAGCUCAAGCAGCACACGGAGCCCCUGGCGGCUUCUUGGUAUUAUCACAAAAAAAGACAUCCUUCGUCACAUGGCUCAAAUGGCAAACCAAGAUCCAGAGUCCAUCAUGUUCAACUGAUCCGCUCCUUCCAGGACGGCUGGGGGGGAGGAGGAGACGACAGCGAGGAAGAGGAGGAGGAAGUGUGUCUCCUGAACGGCUCCAAUCUCUGACAUUCGGCCCCCGUUUGGUUUGUUUUUUUGUUUUGUUUUUUCUUUUCGUUUUAGUUUUCGGCUUUGUAGACCCUGAACCGAGUGACUGUGGCCUCCAGAGACUUACCGGCCACGCGAGGGGGAAAAAAAAAAGACGAUGAUAAAAGACUUUUGUUAUCAUCAGUCUGGCUGCUGAGGACGCUACAAGGUCCUGGGUUGAAGGCACACACACAUAAGAGGAAAUGCACUUUUUACACACACACACACACACGUGCAAAAUCAAACAUGAAAAAAAAACAAACACACUUUUGCACUUGCAGACACCUCCAACAUGCAUGCUGUCUCCACACACACACACACACACACACACACACACACACACACCCACAAAGCUCCCUGAACCUGUAAAGUUACACCCAUUUGCACUCUUCACGUGCCUCACCCUUGUCCUGUCUCCGCUGGUGGACGUCGCCUGGCUGGGGUCAAAGGUCGGAAUGAACCGCCGAAAGAGGGACGCGAUGAGGGACCUUGAAACCCUCCAGGCUCCGGUUGAAAAUAAGGCCCCCCUCCCCUCCCCUCCCCUCGCACACACCUGACCUGUCCGUCCUCCAGAAAAACACAUUGUUUACCUGUGAAUUAAGCGUGUGAGAAUAUGUGUGUGUGCGAGCGUGUGUGUGUGUUCCACUACAUUCCAGCCGGGUUACCAUGGGAACUGGGAGGAUGUGCACCUGCUCCUCGCCUCCCCUCGAAAACACGGCAGUCUCUCGUGAUUGCGUCAUGGCACACGGCUGCUCCCCUGUCUAACAGAGAAGGCUUUAAUGUGUGUGUGUGUGAGUGUGUGUGUGCGGAAGAGAGAGAGGGCGGUCGAGAGACACAGAUGGUACUGUAUUUCAAGAACAAAAAUGUUCCCUUUCAGAAGAAGUGGAAAUGGAAGAGCUUCAUGUGUGAGUGUGUGCGAGUGUGUGUUUCAUUUCUGAGCCAGCUUGUGAGUGAAUGUGUGUGAAGACAGGUCGAGUGUGUACAUAAAGAGGAAAAAAAAAAAAAAAAAAAGGAAAAAGUGUUGAGUUGUGUCCCAGAGAUAAAUCACAUUUCUUCUCCUUCUGCUACCUUUUCAACUAAACUCUAACCGGCUUGAAGUAAAACAAAACUGGAAAUGUGUUUAGAGUUAAAAGCUUGUGAAGCUGUGCUGAAGGUGGAAGACGAUGCUACGUCGUGACUUCUUUUAUUUUUUUCUUCCUCAGUAAUCCAGGUCUUCAGGAAAUAACACGCAGAGCUACAGGUUGUCACAUAUCCUCCCUCAGUUUAUCAAAGCUCCGUCUCUCUCUGAGCCCCCGCAGGUAUUGUUCGACACUCCAACCCGAUCUACACAACAAAGCCUCAGCGGUACACCUGUGCACGCUAAAAAGGGAUAUUUGAUCUAUUUGGCGCCAUGAUUGAAUCCUGUUUUUGGUUUAACCUGCGCUGUGUGGCAGAUAGUUGAGAUUUAGACCUUUAAAAAUAGAGAUUAACAACAUUUAACAUGCUUUAAAAUGGCAAACUGAUAUCAAACUAACUUGUAUAUUUAAUGUAAUUACUGAUUCACUUUCAAUAAAAAUGACCCAAUGUUGACAAAACUGCCCCUUGAAAAGCAGUCCAGGCAUUUAUAUCUUAACAUAUCUGACGGUUAAGUUAUAAAUCCUCACAUUUGAGAGCUUAAAACCAGAAAAUGUUCAGCAUCAGUGCAUCACAAAUUGUUAGAAACUAAACCUUAAACUUUCUAAACUUUAAUCGAAGCCACUGGUCCUCCAACUCCAAGCAGGUAAAAACUAAUUUAAAGCCUCUUAUCUUUGAAUGCAGGUAGAUUUAACAUGAGUCCUUAAUACAAAGCAGCGACAGGUAAAAAGAGUGAAGUUAUCAACUGAACUGGGGGAAAAAUACCCUAAAUGAUGAUAAUAGAAAACUUGAACAGCUACAAAAGAUCAUUACCUUCAAGGUGAAGAACGAUUUUUAUGAACUUCUCUGCGUCCCUUAAAGCUAAAACUGCAUCUGUCAAUCUGAACAUCUGCCCCCUGCUUUUGCCUCCAGCAGGUUUUGUUCGUGCUUUUCUGACCUCGCCACACCUGCCAAGUGCCUGGCAAAAGGUUUUUAGGCUUUUCACACUCAUCUUUUCUGCCAACGUUUCCCUUUUUUAAUCAUCAAAUAUCCGACGUGUCGAGUGAACGUGAUGAAGGGAACUGAAGCGACGGUGAUGUUGAGCAGUAGCACCUUACCUGUAGAGUGUGUGUGAGUGUGUGUGUGUGUGUGUGUGUGGAAGGUGGGCGUUCGUCUUUGCGUUGCAGUGACUGUCCCGCUGUGGGUCGACAGGGAGCAGAGCAUCGUCUUUGUUAACCAGUGGUGUUGCCUAACAUUGUAUUUCAUACUGAUCUCGAUGUUUUUUCCUUUUUUUUUUUCUUUUUUUUUUAUUUAUGGGUAGUGUCGAUAGAGUUGUGCAUUAUUAUUAUGAAGAAUUUUCUGUAUGAUUACAUUGAUUGUUUGAUUGUACAUUUAAAACAAAAUAUGUAAAGAUUAAAAUUUUGUUUUAAAUUAAAAGGAAAAAAAAGAUUCAA